AUGAGUGCAUUGGAAUUUCUGGACAAAAUGAUGAGCAUGACACUAUCACAAAUUUCAAACAUAAGCAACAGGUCGUCGAAUGUUUUAGAUUUGGUGUUUGUGAACGAGCCGAAUGAUUUCAGUAUUUGCGAGGACAGAAAUACGAUCAUUGAGAAAGAACAGCAGGAUCCGAGUCACAAGCCGUACGAAAUCAAUGUUGACUAUUCGUGUAAUGUGGAGGUGAAAACGAUUUACUGCUACAAUAAUGGACAUUAUGAUCGGCGCGACAAAUUGUUCAAACGUAAAUGUAAUGGUGCAUUGACCUUGGAGUAUGAAAUAGCGCUUAAGGAUUUCAAUAAACUAAACGAUCGAUUGCAGCACGACCACCUCAUCAGAAUUCAGGAAAACAUCAAGAAUGAUCCAGCCGCAUUUUGGAAAUUUGCCAGAAUCAAUGGAGGCAUCGACGCAUAUCCGAAUCAGAUGAGUUAUGGUGACAGAGUGGGUAGAACGACGAACGAAAUUGUGGAUUUGUUUGCGGAGUAUUUCGAAUCUAUUUAUGUCAAUGAUGAAGAACCUUGGGAAUUCGACGACGCUUUUGUAGCUUCAAGCGAUUCGGUUGAUAUUGAAGUAUAUUUGUUUGAUGUAGAGAAUGCAAUAAAAUCGUUGAAGUUGAGCAGUGGAGCUGGGCCAGAUGAAAUUAAACCACGUUCCACGAGGGCAAAAUACCGGCUGCAAUUAAGAUAUCGAGAAUUGUAUACCGGUACCAAGAGGAAAGGUGAUAGGGCGGAAGUUAAAAAUUAUAGAGUCGUGGCGAUUCAACCGAUAGCAAUGAAAGUGCAAGAAAUGGCCGUCAAGUGCAAAACUGGACUAGUGGUUCAACCGCGACUAUCAGAUGUGCAGCAUGGUUUUCGUUACAAAAGAUUUAUUGUAACAAAUUUAUUGAAUUUGUCAGUACUGGCGUAUGAUGCAAUCGAGCGACGUUGUCAAGUGGACUUAUUUUAUGGUGACUUUAAGGCAGCAUUUGACAAGGUCUGGAUACGGAAAUUGAUAAUCAAGUUCGCUUCAUUUGGUGUUGGCAAAAAAACAACGAGAUGGAUUUGGCAAUAUUUAGUUGGAAGGACAAAUUACGUACAAAUUGAGAUAGAAAAGUCUAGAAUCUUCGAGUCACCAUCUGGAGUGCCACCGAAAAGUUCACUUGGUCUAUUGGCCUUCACCGUAUUCAUCGAAUAUCAAGGUCGUUAA